AUGGCUUCUGGGGUGGAAGACCCCAGCAGCACCACCACCACCACCACCAGUGAUAACAGCAGUACCACCCUGGCCAUGGGGGGAACUGAUGACGGAGCUGCACCCGCUUCAGGCCCCGCCUCCCCCCCUGCGACCAUCCCCCAUGCGCCAGCCGCGUUUGGCUCCCCCUCCGCCGCCGCCCAGCCCCCUCCUGGCGCUGCUGCUUCCCCCUCGGGCGCUAAUGUGCGCUCCUCCCCAUCCUCCUCCGCCACCGCUGCUGCAGCCACGAUAGCGAAGCUGUCUAUCGGCCCCACGCCGCUCAUGCUCCCUGCCACAGCCGCUCGUGGGAAUAUUCCUGAGUCCCCUGGUCCGGUGUUUGGGGUGGCACCUUCCCCAGGUGUGCCUGCCUUCGCCCCGCCCUUUGGGGCCAAGUUCACGGAUAGGGGCGGGAGUAAUCAGAUCCAUUGUGUAGCAUGCUGCUGGGCCACAAGCAGUGCUUGUCAACUCGAAUUGACUGGAGUUGUAGGCAUGCGUACAAAAUCGGUGACGAGAAUUGAAGCACAUUUGGUUGGAGGCGUUGCAGAUGGAGAAAAUGAUCCAGUCACGCGACUCGCCAAAACCGCGUCGCGGUCAUUUGCGUCGCUCUACCCGCCAUCACCGGACGCUAACACGCUCGAACCAGGCAGCCCGGAGUACUUAAACCUAUUCGUACAGGAAACGACCUUCUACAACCACCUCAUACUCUCCUUCCUGCCUUCCUCCUUCGUCUCCGCGCUCCCGCACUUCCUGCAAACCUGGCUGCGCAACUACGUCGCGGGUUGCCUCUUAUAUCUCAUCGGAUCGGGGCUAUGGAGCAUCGUCGUUUACUCGCUCUUCGGCUGGUACCUCUAUUCGGGUCCCGACGACAUCCCGUCGCUUAAAGCCAUGUGGCGGCAGAUCAGCGUGUCGAUGCGCGCGAUGCCGCUCUACACGCUCCUGCCGACCAUCUCGGAGCGCCUCGUCGAGACGGGCUGGACGCGCUGCUACAGCCAGAUCCGCGAGACGGCGGCGCCGCGCUACAUGCUGGGGCUGCUGCUGUACAUGCUGAUCGUGGAGUUCGGCAUCUACUGGGCGCACCGCCUGCUGCACGACAUCAAGCCGCUCUACACGCACCUGCACGCGAUCCAUCACAUCUACAACAAGCAGAACACGCUCUCUCCGUUCGCAGGUUUGGCGUUCCAUCCGCUAGACGGCAUCAUCCAGGCUCUCCCCCACGUUCUUUCCCUCUUCCUCAUCCCCACGCACUUCACCACGCACCUCCUCCUUCUCUUCGCCGAGGGCAUCUGGACCACCAACAUACACGACAACCUGCACGGCAACGUGCUGUUCAUCAUGGGCGCCAAGUACCAUACGAUUCACCACACCACGUACCGGCACAACUACGGGCACUACACUGUGCUGUUUGACUGGCUGUUCGGGACCCUGCACUCGCCUGAGCAUAAUUCUGGUGGAUUGAGUUGUAACAGCAUGGGUGGCACUACACACGGCAUGGAUGGCAUCACACAUGGCAUGGAUGGCAUCACACACGGCAUGGAUGGCAUCACACAUGGCAUGGAUGGCAUCACACACGGCAUGGAUGGCGGGAUGGAUGGCAUCACACACACAAAAGAUGCAUUGCUGAGUGGAGCACAAGAAGAUGAAGACACUGCACUUUAG